UUUGACAGCCCUAGUUUUAAAAAAACACUUAUUUGACCAAAAACUCAGAGGGCAGAAUGCAGUUAAUUACAGCAUGACACGACUCUUUGAAUUUUUAGGAAUCUUGCAAACGCAACGCUACGCUUAGCGACUGACCUUCACUUCCUGUUCCCCUGUGAGUCAGUCAGUGCCGCAUUUAAGUGUAGACAGUGAUGGAGUGGCUCUUGAUUGGCCCCGGCCCUGGAUUCAACAGUGCCGUAAAACGCGGCGUAAGCCUGGCGGACAAAAAGCUCAGAGUGAUUCAUUGCAUUUACAGUCCCAUAAACUCUCGCCUCAUCCGUCAGAAAGUGACAAGGCUGCCACCGCACGUUCACUAGCCAUUUUUUGCUGAUGCUGCCAUGUAUUUGGACCCAAGCUGAGUCACGCCAGCUUGAAAGGUUCUGUGGGGACUGUCUACAGCCGUGUCUGCAGGUGACCUCGCCUCUCUGUCCACUCUGUCGCAUGCCUUUCGAUCCAAAGAAAGUGGACAAAUCCUCCAGCGUGGAGAAACAGCUCUCUUCGUAUAAGGCACCAUGCCGAGGAUGCAGCAAAAAGGUCACCCUGGUCAAAAUGCGGUCGCAUAUUUCAUCUUGCACAAAGGUUCAGGAACAGAUGGCCAACUGCCCAAAGUUCAUGCCUGUGGUUCCCACCUCACAGCCCAUUCCCAGCAAUAUUCCAAACCGCUCCACGUUUGUGUGCCCGUACUGUGGCGCUCGAAACCUGGACCAACAGGAACUAGUGAAGCACUGCAUGGAGAACCAUCGCAAUGACCCCAACAAAGUGGUAUGUCCGGUAUGUUCAGCUAUGCCUUGGGGCGACCCCAGCUAUAAGAGCUCCAACUUCCUGCAGCAUCUUCUCCACCGGCACAAAUUCUCCUAUGACACAUUUGUGGACUACAGUAUUGAUGAGGAGGCAGCACUGCAGGCAGCACUGACCCUCUCACUGUCUGAGAACUGAGAGUCUGACAUCAUAUCCUGUUCCACAAACGCCGCCAUGUGAAGGAUCUUCUCGCUAAAUAUUUUCAUUGUUUCUCUGUAUUUCCUCUCACUCUACCUCUCUUCUGGUCUAUAUUUCUGAGCUACACUCCAGCUAGAUCCUGAAGUAGCUCAAUAGCUUGUUUGCCAGUUGCAUUAUCGUAACCAUCCGAUCAUCAACCAACAAAACAGUGAUGUAUGCAAAAUGUCAGACAAAGGAAUAGAUAAAUAUCACCACGCUUGUUCUUGCUGUUCUUCCUGUCGUUUUCUAUCCAAAUGUGACCCCAGCAGUGAAGCGAAACCGAGUACAGAGGGAUCGGCGCUCGAUACGGUGCGCCACGUUAUCUGAAUUAUUAAAACGAAGCUGAAAAGCGAACUGUGUUGGGGUUGGCUGUCCUCGUGAUGAACUCUCAUCUUUAGGCAAUACCAGUUCAGAAUAGAGAGAAUGAGAGAUCGAUCUCCAGCAUCCUCAUUAUCGCUCAUGUCACCAUUUAUGGAAUGCUGAAUACCAUCCGCCCUUUUUUAAUCAAGAGUUGAUGUGAAUACUUGCACUCGUCACAGUUUUCUACAUGUCCGAAUUCUAGUAUCGUUGUUCUUUUAUAGUUCAAUAACAGAAUAUUGACCGACAGGACUGCAUACUCUGCUCUUAACUUGCAACAGUAAUAUUUUCUAAGAAGCGUCCGAUAAGAUUAAAAUUUAUAUUUUUGGAAAAAAGCUUCAGUUUUAAAUGGUGCACUAAUAAUAAGACGGCAAGCUUCUAGAGAUGUGCUGAAACGUUUUAUCUGUUAAUGUGUCCAUUGGUACUGUUCAUUGCAUCACUCACUAGUGCUGACAUCAGGAGUUUUAUUUACGAGUUCGGGAAUCGUACUUACGAUGUGACGUCAAUUCAAUUGGUUUGGUUGGAAUUAAAGGGAUGCGUUUGGCAAAUUACUUUCUCUCUUUAUUGCUUCCCAAACAUACAUAGGAAGCUUUUUUUUUUGCAUAUAUCUUAAUCAUUCUUGUGCUGCCACAUAGAAUUAUGGGAAAUGUAGUUUUGUAACACAUAAUCGUCACCAAAUGGACAAGGAUUUGUUAAUUAGCGCGAUACCCUUGCUGGUAGACGCUGUAAUUACACCCUCUGCAACUUUUGUCCAUUAAUGGCCAUUCAAUAUUGAUGUGAAUUGAGUUGCAAUUUAUUAUGAUCAAUACCAGUUUACUUCCACUAUGAUACCCCUUCAUGUUCACUUCCUUCCACUGUAGAAAAAUUAAGCCAAAAUAUCCCAGAAACGGUCAUUCCCGAUUACGUUACUCGGAGCCAGAGUCUGCGCAGUAGUGAUCGUGAGGCUGAGCUGCGGUAUCAAGGUGCCGCCCACACUUCCGCUCCCGCAGAGAUGUCAAUCAUGACGCCACACCCCAUUUUUAUAGCAUCAAGUAACUAACUAAAACCAAACUUAUUGGAAAAACGAACACUUGAACAUACAUCAGCGCGAUGAGAACUACCUAAAAUGACAGAAAUCAUCUUUGGGGAAAAAAAGUGUAUUUUUAGUUUGUCGGUUACAUGGAGAGGGUGGGGUUUAUGACCUAUACCGCAGCCAGUCACCAGGGGACGAUCAGUGUUUUGGAUGGAAGUGGAACAGUGUGCAGUUGUACGCUUUGAAGUCAUUCAGAGUCAUGUACUACUACCGGAAGGGGGUUUCUGUACUUUGUACAUGUUGAAUCCAAGCCCAUGAGUGUUGUAAAGGAGCACUGAUGCUUAGAGGAGCAUUGGUGUGAUACGUUUAGGCAUUUGUUAUAGGAAUCUAAUGUCCCCACUUUGCAGGCAUACCUAAGAAUUCCGUUUCUAUCCCAUUCUUCUCAGCCACGGAGUGUAAUAUAUAUGCCUGGACAGAAACAUGCUCUACACAAGUACACUAAUGUGAAUGUUUGGCCAAAGCAUUGCACAAAGUCCUUUUGUAUGUGCUUAACGUGAUGGUUGCUUUUAAUGUCUUCAAUCAACAAAGCAUUAUGUUUUCUUAAGUCGGUCUCAAACUACAGGAGUUUUAGCUUGCAUAGUUAGAAUCAUUUGCAUUCAUGUACUUGCAUAGAGUAUGUUAUAGGCCUACAAGGAUGUGCUUCAAGCUUCUGAGUGUGUGUGCUUAGUUUUGGUGGAUUUGUUUGAUGCUGGUGCAUCAUUUCCCAUUUCAUAAAGCUUUGAUAACCAGAUACAGUGUUUUUGAUAUAUUUAGAGCCAGUCAUGGCGGAAGAGUUGAAGACCAUUAGGGCUGGUUGGAAACAUUUGUUUUUGAAGUUAGCAACUUUUUUAAGAAUAAGAUGAUGUGCUUUAACUUGUGAUUCAUUUCUGUGUUGAUAAAUGGUGUGUUUGUUUAAUCUGUCGCAAUAGAGCCAUUGUGAUUAUCUCCA